AUGAUUAUCAAAUCGCCGAGGCUAGUGUCGGCUUCUCAAAUCAUAUAUAGUGGAAGUGGCAUUGGCACAUAUUACUACGACAUCCAGAAUCCUUACGCCUGCAAUCAAGAUAUGAGCAGUAUGAACACGGCAAAUGAUGUUGCAUGCUGGAGCAAGACCCUAGAAGAUAUUAACUCUCAGUAUCUUGUGGCCAUGAAUGUAUCGGAACUUGAUACAGACAGAACAAAGUAUUGCGGCAAGAAGGUGAUUGUCUCAGUAAAUGGAGUGGCCUCAAACUUGCCCCUUUUUAUUGGUGACGGAUGUGAACGUUGCGCUACCGGUCCACCUGGUCUGGACUUGAGUUAUAGCGUGGCAAAUACCCUGUAUUCGAGUGUAUGUAAAUACGGCCAUCUCGAUCUAAGUUGGGAGGUUGUCGACGAAAUCGUUCAGAGCUUCGAUGUCAGCACUUAUUCAGACAACUCUGACUACACGGCUUCUGUUCAGAGCUUGGAUGUCAACAAUUAUGCACACAACAUGGGCAAUACGGCUUCUGAGACGUUGCCUGCCGGAUCCUGUCCGACUGGCGAAUGGCAGUGUAAUAAUAAUGCUGCCAUUCUGGAGCAAUGCAUCGACAAUAGUUGGUCCCCAAGGGAAACAUGCCCAGCUGGUUACAGCUGCCAAGGGGGGUCCAGCCCUUACUGUAUCAUUGUAUAG